CUGUCUUAAAAGUGGAGAUGUGAUCAUGACUCCUUGAAUAAAAACAUAUAAGACAGAUGAGGUGCAUCAUUAAAUGAGAGAAAAUACAAAAGCUAUUGUUCUACCUGCAGUCAUAACCCUGAUUGAAGCAACCCUCAAAAAUGACUGAGCCCGAAUUUGAAUUGUUCACUUCCCUUCGCUACGACCCCAAGCUGUCAGGGGUCCCUGGCACCGGAACCAAGGGCCUGGACUGGGGAUGGAAUGCCUCCAAGUCAUCGCCUUUAUACAUGUUGGACUACCACCGUGACCGCAUGCUAAGAGCAGCCACCUACUUUGGAUGGACAGAUGCCAUAGCAGCAAUCGACGGUGAUGCGGGUCUUGCGCGCCUAGAGGCUUUCAUCCUUGGCUUGCCUGAAGUGGGCGACCACCCACUCCGAGUCAAGGUGACUCUCUCAAAAGCCGGCCAAUUCGGACAUGAGGCAGGGCAGGUUCCCGAGCAGUCUCUGUCCAACUUGCUCCCACCGUCGCUACCGCCGCCUGGUCAGGGAGCUUUUGAGGGAGGUGUGGUCAAAUCCCCCACCUACAAGAUCGUCGUGGAUCUGGAUCAGACUCCUCCAUCCGAGUACACCCACUAUAAGACGACCAAACGUGACAUGUACAAUUCCGCCAGACAGAGGAUGGGCAUUGGGGCUACAGACACCGCAGAGGUCCUUCUUGUCAAUACCAGCGACGGCAGCAUCAUGGAGGGUAGCUUGGCGACACCGUACUUUUGGAGAAACGGUCGAUGGGUCACUCCUCCUGUGCCGACUCGGUUUAGUCGAGAACAGGGCGGCGGGCAGGAUGGCACUACGAGGAGGUGGGCUCUUGAGAGAGGGCUUUGCGUCGAAGAAUCUGUUGAAGCUUCGUCUCUCGUCGAAGGGGAGGAAUGUUGGAUAAGUAGUGGCGUUCGCGGCUUCAACUUUGGAAAGGUAGCACUGGCCAAGUGAGCUAAGUGAUAGCCAAUUCAAGGGACAAAAAGCCCAACCCGUGGGAUCCCAUUUUUGUCCGACAUUGUACAUGUCAUUCAAAUUCGUCCUGACAGGAAAUUGCGUGCCCUGCAUGUCGCCGGGUCCUCCCGUUUCGCCACCUCUGUUAGCCUUGAACCUUUUGGACGUCGGGGUCUUUUUCCCCCUAGUCUAUUUUUUUGGCACGGCGGUUCAACAAAAAUUCACAGACCGCUCAUAACGACCUGCUAUCCUCACGUACAAGUCUAUUCAAAACUGCCAGACUUACAUGCUGCUCACUGGUCCCAACUUUGAGUCCAAAGCCAAAUUCUUCCUCGGGUGUUGCGUCACCUGCCAACUGAACGCACAGCGGGUGGCGGCAAAAGCAGUGACUAUCGUCCCCCUGUUUCCAGCCUGCAACGCAAGGCGCUUUUGUCUUUGGUUUUUUUGCACGGGCUGUUUGGAGAUUGAAGUUUAGGUGAUUGCAAAACAACAUCCCAGCUUGUCUAUACGUCACAUGCGGCCGGUGCGCUAGUUGCAGCUAUAUGACAGCUGAAAUUAUUAAAGGCGUAC